AUUGAGCCACCCAGGCGCCCCUUAUCAAAUAUUUUAAAUACAAAAAGAUAGAAACUAAACACCUAACAACAAAUUGCAACAUGUAUGUCUUGUUUGGCACCUGAUUUAACAAAUUAUCUCUAAAAAGACAUUAAAAAAAGAUAACUGGGUAAAUUCAAUACUUACUGAAUAUUUGAUAUUAUGAAAUUAUUAGCGUUGCUAGAUGUGAUAACUGAUUUGAUGUUAUACAAAAAAUGCCCUUACCUGUUAGAAAAGAAAACAAAAACAUUGAUACAUUCACAUGAAGAAAAUUUCCAGCUACUUUUGGAGAUUUUCAUGUGGCCCAAAUGUGUCAAAUUUCAGGGAAAUGUGAAGUGAGAGUGGUGCAAGAGAGAUAAUAUAAGAACAAUAUUUCACAGUCCAUGAGAAUGUUGUUAUUUGAAUACUGUGAUUUCCCUGAGUUUGUAUAGUUUUUGGUUUCUCUUGAAUGUGAGGAUGGUAACCUAAUCACCACCUCUAACUAAAAACUGGGAACUGCCUACUCAAAGCCUUCUUUCACCCUGAGCCUGAAGUUACUCCCUUCCAGUUUCUGAAGUCGAUGUUUUCCAAUUUAAAACGAGCCCCUUCGAUCUGUGAGAAAGCUGGAAUGGAAAUUUGUCAAUGCUUGCCAUGGUCCUUAUGAAUGCAAUGAAAAAGUCUUUGGAAAUGCAGUAAGACGUUGAGACACUACGUGAAAAUAUUCCAUUUAGAUUGCCAUCGGUCUGAAAGAAAGGAACAGGAUGUAAUGUUUGGAUAAAAUAAACACUUGGAAAGGACGCAGGGUGGCGCUGCAGCAUUAAAAGUAGAACGAAGAAAGCUACCAGCGGGCGCUCCUUAAGCCAGAUGCUCUGCUAAAGAAGCAAGCAGGAAGGGGAGGCUUUCUAAGGUGUUUGCUCCGGGAAAUCAGGGCCUUGGGCAUCUCCACUUACCUAGUACCUGCGAGAUACUAGAUGAUAAGAGUCCGCCACAACACGAGCUGAAAAUAGGUCACGUUUGCUGGAAUACGGAAAGCGAUGGAGGCCGGAGAGGGAAAAGAACGCUUUCUGAAACAAAGGCAAGUCUUGAUAUUCUUUGUUUUGCUGGGCAUGGCUCAGGCUGCUUCCGAACCUAGGCACUAUUCAGUGGCUGAGGAAAUGGAGAGUGGCUCCUUUGUGGCCAAUUUGUUAAAAGAUCUGGGGCUGGAAGUAGAUGAGCUAGCUGCACGGGGGGCUCGGGUCAUUUCCAAAGGGAAAAAAACGCGUCUGCAUUUUGAUAGGCAGACAGGGGAUUUGUUGUUAAUUGAGAAACUGGAUCGGGAGGAGCUGUGCGGCCUUGCGGAGCCAUGCGUGCUACCUUUCCAGGUGUUAUUGGAAAAUCCCUUGCAGUUUUUUCAGGCCGAGCUACGGAUUAGAGAUAUAAAUGAUCAUUCCCCGGUUUUCCUAGACAAAGAAAUAAUUUUGAAAAUUUCAGAAAGUAUCACUCCUGGAACUACAUUCCUAAUAGAACGUGCCCAGGACUUAGAUGUAGGAAGCAACAGUCUCCAAAGUUACACAGUCAGCCCCAAUUCCCAUUUCCGGCUUACAUUACAAGACAGUCCUGACGGCAUAUUACCACAGCUGGUGCUGGACAAAGCACUGGAUCGAGAGGAACAGGCUGAGAUCAGGUUAACUCUCACAGCGCUGGAUGGCGGGACUCCACCCAGGACUGGCACUGCCUUGGUUCGCAUUGAAGUCUUAGACGUCAAUGAUAACGCGCCCGAGUUUGCAAAGCGGUUUUAUGAGGUGCAAGUUCUGGAAAACAGUCCCAUUGGAUUCCUGGUUGCCACGGUCUCUGCUAGCGACUUGGACAUUGGAACCUAUGGAGAAAUAUCUUACGUAUUUUCCCAAGCCUCUGAAGAUAUUCGCAAAACUUUUCAAAUAAAUGCAAAGUCAGGAGAACUUUUUUUAACACAGAAACUGGAUUUCGAAUCCACUCAGACUUAUACAUUAAAUAUUCAGGCGACAGACGGUGGAGGCCUUUCUGGAAGUUGCGUGGUGUUUGUCCAAGUGAUGGAUUUGAAUGACAACCCUCCGGAACUGACUAUGUCAACAUUUAUCGAUCAUAUCCCAGAAAACUUGCAGGAGACCAUAAUUGCUGUAUUCAGGGUUUCAGAUCCUGACUCGGGAGACAAUGGGAGAAUGGUUUGCUCCAUUCAAGAUGAUCUUCCUUUCUUCCUUAAACCUUCUGUUGAGAAUUUUUACACCCUCGUGACAAACACAGCUUUGGACCGAGAGACAAGAGCCCAGUACAACAUCACCAUCACCGUCACCGACCUGGGGACCCCCAGGCUGAAAACCCAGCACAACUUAAGCGUGACUGUGUCCGACGUCAACGACAACGCCCCCGCCUUCAGCCAAAGCUCCUACACCCUGCGGGUCCGCGAGAACAACAGCCCCGCCCUGCACAUCGGCAGGAGCGCCACCGACAGAGACGCGGGCGCCAACGCCCAGGUCACCUACUCGCUGCUGCUGCCGCCCCACGACCCGCACCUGCCCCUGGCCUCGCUGGUGUCCAUCAACGCGGACAACGGGCAGCUGUUCGCGCUCAGGGCGCUGGAUUACGAGGCGCUGCAGGCGUUCGAGUUCGGCGUGCGCGCGGCCGACCGCGGCUCGCCCGCGCUCAGCAGCCAGGCGCUGGUGCGCGUGCUGGUGGUGGACGACAACGACAACGCGCCCUUCGUGCUGUACCCGCUGCAGAACGGCUCGGCGCCCUGCACCGAGCUGGUGCCCAGGGCGGCCGAGGCGGGCUACCUGGUGACCAAGGUGGUGGCGGUGGACGGCGACUCGGGCCAGAACGCCUGGCUGUCGUACCAGCUGCUCAAGGCCACGGAGCCCGGGCUGUUCGGCGUGUGGGCGCACAACGGCGAGGUGCGCACGGCCCGGCUGCUGAGCGAGCGCGACGCCGUCAAGCACAGGCUGCUGGUGCUGGUCAAGGACAAUGGCGAGCCGCCGCUGUCGGCCAGCGUCACGCUGCACGUGCUGCUGGUGGACGGCUUCUCGCAGCCCUACCUGCCGCUGCCGGACGUGGCGGCGGCCGAGGCCCGGGCCGACCCGCUCACCGUCUACUUGGUCAUCGCCUUGGCGUCGGUGUCGUCGCUCUUCCUGGUGUCGGUGCUGGUGUUCGUGGCGGUGCGGCUGUGCAGGAGGAGCCGGGCGGCGUCGGGGGGCGGCUGCGCGGUGCCCGAAGGCCCGUUUGCGGGCCACCUGGUGGACGUCAGCGGCACGGGGACCCUGUCCCACAGCUACCAGUAUGAGGUGUGUCUGAGGGGAGGCUCAGGGACUGGCGAGUUCAAGUUCCUCAAGCCAAUUCUCCCCAGUUUCCUUGGUCUGGGUGAGGAGAGGAUUAGUGAAGGAAACCCCAAUUUCAGGGAUAAUUUUGAAUUCAAUUAAGUAUUGAUACGGGUCUACUGAGCCUAGUCUCAGUUAAUUUGUGGAAAGUCCUUUCUUACUGCCUUGCUCACUGGGGUUCUUUUUAUUUGGUAAGUAGCUAUCCUAUUCCAAUUUAGUGCAUGUUACUGGUGUUUCUAAAGGUGUUCAUUUGUGGUAUAAGGAAUGCAAAUUUCCUUUGUUUUCUUUUUGUUGAUUAGUCUCACUAUAACUUAAUUCAACUUAAAGUGUGAAAGUAAAUUUUGUAUUUUCGGAAGUCUUUAAUUUUUAAGUUAGACCACCGUUUUCCAAACUCACCUACCACAGUUCCUAGGUAAUUUUGCAGAACUUAAAAUUUAAAACAUCUUUUUAAAUGUUUGCAAUCGCUACACAAGCUUAUUCCUUUUCCAACCCAGAAUAUUUGUGUUUGUAUGUUCUUUUAGACUAGUAUAACUUCUAUUCUGUUUGCUCACGUUGACUAAAACCAUUAAUAUAUGUGUAUUCUUUAAUAACAAAACAACAUCUCACAUUUUUCUAAAUAUGUACUUCCUUAAAGUGUCCAUAAAUGAAGAUUAUGAUUUCUUAGAGAUUGUGACAACCUUGACUGCUGGAUUCUACAAACCAUUCACAUCAAUAGUGCUCAGUCAACUACUAAUAUUCUCAAAUGUAGUUAAAUAAAUAGCAUGUGUCCAGUUGUUUUUAAAGCCAUGUAAUUCUUCAUGCUUUCUGUUAAAAUUUUUUCUUUAAACCUCUGCUCAUUUCAAUUCCCCGUUAAAAGUUACCAGUUUUAGCAAUUACAACCCAUCUGUUAACUUUGAGCACAUCCUUAAAAUCCAAGAGAUAUGAGGAAAUAAAUCUAAGUCUUUGUUCUUGACCAAAUUUUAGAAACUUCAAAUGUUAGUUUGGCAUUGCAUUUUUCAAAAAUUUUGGAGCAUUUAUGAUUCCUUUGGAAAUAAGCCCGUGACUACUUCUGUUUUUCCCUUUUCAGUUUCCUAGGGUUUUCAAAGCUUUUUUUCUUUUUAGGUUCUUGAAUAUGUUUCUCAAUAGCUCCCCAUUUAUUGUAUGAUUAGCACAGUAACUGGAGGAUUAUAGGUUCUUAAUAAAAGUUUUGAAUAAAUGAUUGAAAGAAAGAAGUGUCUUUAUUUCACCCUGUGAUAUUUUGAUAUUUAAAGACACUAAAAUACUCAGAGAACAAAAUUUUGCUGGAAUUAAAUGCUCUCUGAUGCAUGAGGAAUUACAUAUAUAAUUUUUGGUUACUAAAUUAACCUGAUUACUGUUAUUGAAAGAUCAUGCAGUUGUCAGUCCCUGAUGUCUCUUUUCUUCAAUAUAUUUUUCCUUUCUCUCUUCCUAUUUGAGUCUCCUCUCCUGACUUCUAGUUUAAGGGCUUUAUAUGGGGAAAUUGUGUUUUUGAUUUUAUAAUUUAAAUUUCCUUGUAUAAUUCCCUAAAUGAUUCAUCCAACUUUAUUUCUUGCAGUGCAGUUUCAGAUCCAUACAUUAAAACACAUUUUUAAUUCUUAAUGUUCUUCAGC